AUGGCGCGUCCUAAAGCAGUCCGCGCCCCGACAACAGCGAGUCUUCCAAAUAACCUCCGCAUUCCCUCAUCGACUCCGUCCCUCACAAAAUCCCUGGGAAAACUAUCCAGACAAGCACUGCUGGACCUGGCAUUUACGUGGCUUGACGAUCGCAACAUUGCCUCAUUUCCACCAUACCUACAGGCCGACGAAGAUAACCCCGACGAUGACGAAGCCCUCCCAUACCCCGCGGGGGAGACAAUCGAAGAAGUCCGCCAGGUAUAUGAAGAUCUGCAGGACCGAAAGGGCGCAAAGCGCGAAGUUCUCGAACGAAUCCUAGAAGGCGAUUGGCGGCAUGGAAUCACCUUGCGCCAGCUAGCCAUGGCAGACCUCCGCUACAUGGACGACCACCCCGCCAGCCUUCGAUGGACCGCGCUCGAGCUGAGUCGUAUUGAUACCAAGCGCAAGAACUCCCAAAAGAUGCCACCCGCUGACUGGUCCGGUUCUGUACCGCGCAUGCAAGCGGCAACGUUUGUGCAAGGCCUACAACGAGAAAUCUCCCCAUUGGUCAAGGCCCACUACCACCUCGCCCACUCGGCAACACUGCCGCUGACAUUCUUACGUAUCUUCGUCGUCGACUCACCAUAUCAAUCCCCUAGACAGGCCGCCGAGAUCUUCACUGACUCGUCCCGAGUCAUCUACGUCGCUUUCCCAGAUAGUUGCCCUUACGUCUACACUUCCAUAGCAGCAUCCACGGGAUCAAAAGCUGCCCCUUCGCCAAGUUCAGUGGCUACAGAUACCAGAACUCUUCAGCGUCUGGUGCGCGAUUCCAUUCCCAAAGCUUUAUCUCGCCCACAGGAACGAUUUUCUCUGCAGGCGACAUCCCUGGCAGCAAAGAAUCUGCCUACGCUCCUAGCCCUCCGAGGACCUGGGCGAUCAACGGCAUCCAAUGGCGCCUUCAGCAUCUUUGCAGACGCAGCCAUUGAAGGAAGUCCGUUGGACCCUCGACCUUCCAAUACAGUCUCGCCCGAAGAGCAUAUUCAAACGAGUCAUUCCGGCCCAGCAGAAGGCAAGGAAAACACAAAUGGCUCCGCGGCAAAACGAAGAUCCAGCAGUAUUGAUACAGUCCCCGUAUCUCCAGAUUCUAAGAAACGCCGCCUAGCCAUCCACUCUCGAUUUGGGACAUUGGGGUCAUCACUCGCCCCAGCACCGCUGGACCGACUUGAUAUCCGACUCCUCGACACAGCGGGCUCUAAUGAGGAACAAGAUGAUGAUGUUGAUGAUUCUAUGUCUACCUUACCUGCUGUGUCACUCACUUUCUCUGGCUCCGAUGUCAUUGGGGGGAUUCGCAAACUUGCCGAGUUAGGCAUCGUUGACCCUGAGCGUAUGCCGUCGUGGAUGACUGGCGAGGAAGGUGUUAGUGUUGCGACUGUUCGCCUGGGUCAACGGCUUCAAAGGGAUAUAUAG